GAGUAAAAGCCUCCUGUGAUCUGACUGCCUUUCUUGACCCCUUUCGAAUUCGAGUCGAAUGGCUUAUGGAUCAACGCGCGAUUCUUGGCAGGUUCCAUGGAAUACUGCCCGCUGGUUCGAGUAGAGAAAGACAACUGGUUCCAAGCGGCAAGUCCGAUUGCUUCAGGCCUUCAUAAAAUGACCUGACUGAUGACAUCGGCAGUUAUUGCCGAUAGCCUUUGGCCUCGUAAAAUCGUCGUGCGUGCCGUGGGUGCGAGAGCCCACCUAACCUACCUCGAAUUGCUGCGAGCGUGCACAUCCAUAGUACCGGAUUUCUCAAUCCUGCAGCUCCGACUCGGCAUUGCAUCCGCACUGGAUUUGAUGAUCAUCGAUAUAGAAACCGUCCAAGCUCGCGGAUCGACAUGGUUCACUGAAUCGAAGUUCUGCAUCCUGUGCGGGUCUGGAUCUCAUCGCAUCGCAUCGCAUCGUGGUCGAACUGCUUGUGCAAUGUGGGCUUUUCCAUACAUAGCAUUCCUCAACAGUGGUAGCAGUGGAUCAAACACGGCACAUGGACCACAUCCUGAUUUUCCCACACGAAGAUCGAUCUCAGGGCUCCUCAGCCUCUACCAGAACCGAAGAGACCAAAUACCAACAAAAUUCGCGUAUCUAUCACAGUAGACACGGGACAUCUAACUUUGCCCCUUCUCCUCUCCUUGUCCACGGUACACCACAAUUCCCAGGUGCCCCCGAAACAGCGGCAGAAGCUUGUCCAACUUGGAAAGAACAAGCGCCAAUGACAAUGCUUCAGCCAAAUGAUACAAUGUCAAUGUUAUCUUCU